GGGCUUGUGGCAUUCAGAGUUUCCGUGCCGUAGCAACAGACAAGGGAGAGUGGGAGACUAGCGCAACAGGACAGCGCACGGAAAGCGAGGGGAGGGGAGACGGAGAGGGCGCAUCGGACGGCGGCGAGAUGCUGGCGGUGUUCGAUCCCACGGUGGCCAAGUGCCCGGAGGGUCUCCGCAGCCCCCCGGUCGCCGGGGCGGCCGCUGGAGCAGGCGGGGCCGGCGCGGGCGCGCUGAUGAAGGGCUUCUCCGACUCGCACGACGGCGCCGUCACCGUCAGCCUGGGCCCCUCCGGCGCGCUGGCCUACUCGGCGGCCAACCAGAGCCCCCUCGUGCCAAGGUUGUUUGGUGCUGUGAAUGACAUCUUCUGCUUGUUCCAAGGGCAUAUUGAGAACAUUGCCAACCUGAAGCAGCAUUAUGGCCUGAGCAAGACUGCAAAUGAGGUGACUAUCCUCAUAGAGGCCUACAGGACCCUGAGGGACAGGGGCCCUGUCCCAGCCAGCCAGGUUGUGAGAGACCUUAGUGGGAAGUUCGCGUUCAUCCUGUAUGACACCCUGUCGAAGUCUACCUUUGUUGCUGCUGACGCUGAUGGUAGCAUCCCUUUCUUCUGGGGCGUUGACUACGAAAACCACCUUGUGUUCUCUGACGAUGUUGGGAUCCUCAAGACAGGCUGCGGCAACUCGUACGCUCCAUUUCCUAAAGGUUGCUUCUACACCACCUCCGGUGGGCUGCAGAGCUUCGAGCACCCGUUGCACGAGGUCAAGGCGGUGCCACGCGUGGACAGCCAAGGCCAGAUGUGCGGCUCCAUCUUCAAGGUCGACAGCGAGAGCAAGAAGAAGCAGGACGCUAGCAUCCCCCGCGUCGGCAGUGCUGCCGACUGGUCCAACCAGUUCUGACCAUCUUCUUGCCAUCCAUUGUCCCGGCUAGUACGAGGUGCAGAGCUGUGUAUCUGAUGAAUCCAUGAGACGAUUUCUGCUACGUUUCUUGCACGCUUGUCGAACACUGUGAGACUCACAUCGCGCUCAUCUACGCUACGUGUAACUGAUACUAAUGAUACGGAGUGUUCCAGGUGGUGGUAGAUGUACUGCAGAAUCUAUCUCCCAUGUUUCAAUAAACCUGAAUAAGGUGCUCGGUUUGGAUCUAUGCAUUUAUGAUUCUAGUACUUCUGAAUCGAAUUUUAUCGCA